AUGGCAUCCAAUAGCUCAAGACAAACCCUGGUGCUGGAAGCUCUUAAAGAGCUAGGCAAUCAAUUCCAACGACACGACGAAAACAACAUGAGGGCCAGGAGGAGACCAGCUAUGAUAGCUAUCAUCCAAAAUGACCGUCGACGAUUCACCGAUCCAGACCACAGAAGCAGUGUCCGUGGUGCUUGUGUCGAUAAUGCGGUUGACGGAAUGAUCUCAAACGCUGUUUCAUGUACCGUAUCGGACGACAAUAUCUACAAGUCGGUUGUCGAUGUCAACAAGGAUCACUUAGACUUUCUGCAUGCCAAAUACCUCCAAGACAACGUCGGAGAUGACUUGAAGGAUCAAGGAAGCAAGGUACAGCCGUCCAAUGAGUUCUGUAACGAGUUCAUCUCUGCCGUUCGAUCCAGCACUCAAAGGGAAUUUUGCAGUAGCACCGUCAGUAAAACUAGUGUACCUAUCACCGCCGCUCGCGUCGCCCUUCUCCUCAAUGGGACCAUGAUGAAGAUGUUGGGACAAUCCCCUAAAUUUGUCGACAGCCUACAAGAGGUCGAAACCGAUUGGCGAAAGUCGCUUGAUGAGAGAGAAGUUUCAACUGAGAAGCUUGAGGCGAUGUAUCUGUCCGAACGAGGCCCUAAAUCACUCAUGCCAUUGUAUGGCCAAGGAUUCAAGCCUGACCCAAAUACUUUCGACAUGGUUCUUUCAAUACCCAUCGAGACGAAUCUGACCUUCAAGACUAUUAAGAGGAUGAUUACCCAAAUUACGAGUACCGGUAUCAUGCCCAGACCCAUGACUUCAGAGCUACAAGUCAAACACCAAGCUGACCUAAUCAGACGAGAAGAAAGCUAUUGGCAAAAGACGCAAUCCGCUUUGGAGAGUACACUUUCCGGACAAAGUCAAAUGUCCGAUGAAGAUUGGAAAGAGAACGGAAACCUCCACGAUGUAGUGUACAGCCCUGACCAAAUCCCUGGUACCUUCACUGUGCGCCCCUCGAAUGGACCGGUGGUGGAUCUUCACUCGGAUAUCGAGGUUAGGUUUUGGCAAUCCAAGAACCCAUCUUCCACUAUCGAAGAUCCUUAUAUGACAUCUGUAGAAAAUCUUAAUGAAAGACUUGAGAUCGCCACAACUACUGCUGCUUAA